AUGGGCGACGCUCACGCACCUUUUGUGCACCCAGAGAGCAUCAAGGCGGCUCUUAAGGACAAGUCCAUCCUGCAUGAGAAAUCAUUUAUUGGCGGCGAGUGGGUGAGCGGGAGCACCACUUUUCCCGUCUAUGAUCCUGCCACCAACAAGAUUAUCGCCAACAUCCCCAGCCUGUCAACGGAGCAUUUCACCACUGCAAUUGAACAUGCACACAGAGAGUUCAAAACAUUCAGAAACACAAAGGAGACCGUUCGAGCAAAGAUGCUUCAUAGUUGGGCGGCGCUCAUACGUCAACAUGCCGAGGAUCUUGGCGUGCUCCUGACAAUGGAGAAUGGGAAGACACUGGCGGAGGCGCGCGGUGAAGUGGAAUACGGUGCCACAUUUAUCAGUUGGUUUGCGGAAGAAGCGGUGCGGUCAUACGGGGAUAUCAUUCCGUCUCAGCACAAAGGCAGCACGAAUCUGGUUAUACGCCAACCUAUUGGUGUCUGUGGUAUCAUUGCGCCCUGGAACUUCCCCAUCGCGAUGAUUACGCGGAAGAUAGCACCCGCAAUUGCGGCAGGAUGCACAGUCGUUGUAAAGCCGCCGAGCGAGACGCCACUGUGUACUUUGGCGUUAACUGCACUAGCCGUGCAGGCUGGCAUUCCGCCGAACGUCAUCCAAGUCGUUACGACAAAAGACCGGAAUGCCAUCACAGAGCUUUAUACGCACCCGCUAGUGAAGAAAGUUAGUUUCACGGGCUCCACCGGAGUCGGCAAACUCAUCACCAAAAUGGCGGCGGGGACAAUGAAGAAGGUCAGCAUGGAACUCGGCGGAAACGCGCCGUACAUCGUGUUCGACGAUGCUGACAUUGACAUUGCUGUCGCUGGCAUGCUGGCAUGCAAGUUUCGCUGCAGUGGGCAGACAUGUGUCUGUGCAAACCGGAUAUAUGUGCAAAGCGGAAUUCACGAUGAGUUUGUGGCGAAGUUGACAAGGCGCAUGUCUUCCUUCAAGAUUGGCAGUGGGCUCGACCCAACUGUGACACACGGCCCCCUGGUCAAUAUGGCAGGGGUGAAGAAGAUGAGAGAGCAUAUUUAUGACGCAGUAUCCAAAGGGGCCAAACUUGUCGUUGGAGGCACAAGUCCAGACUCAGAGGCCUACCUGAUCGAGCCAGCCCUACUUACGGGUGUCACAUCUAAGAUGCUAGUCGCACGAGAGGAGACAUUCGGGCCACUCGCCCCCGUGAUCAAGUUCGACACAGAGGAGGACGUUAUCGAGCAAGCAAACGAUACAGAAUUCGGCUUAGCCAGCUACAUUUUUUCAAACGACCUGAGAAAGAUCUGGAGGGUGGCGAACGCGCUUGAGGCUGGCAUGGUUGGUGUUAACACGGGGGUAAUCAGCGCUUGUGAGGCGCCUUUUGGUGGGAUUAAGGAGAGUGGGCUAGGAAAGGAAGGUAGCAAGUAUGGGCUUGCUGAGUUUCAGGUUAUCAAAAACAUUACACUAAGCUUGGAAUGAUAUAUAAUAAUCAUCCUAACGAAUAAUAAAGACUUAC